AUGUUCACCUACCAUCACGGGUUCCUUCACAUAUUUCUGAAUAGCGUGCUAAUAGUCAUCGCAGAACUGAAAGCUCUGAAGACCAAGUAUGGCGCUAUGGCAGAUUCUGCGACCCCCGCACGAAGCAUCAUCCCGCGUCCUGAGGAGAUUUCGACGCGUCCAGACCGCGGAUCUCCUCGUCAGAUUUCCGGGACACACCCGCCACUGGUAGCGACUUCUGGGCAGACUGGUCCGGUAGGUAGCUUUGCCACCACCAGUGGCAGUUCCGAAGCCACUGGCCAAGUACCUACCGAGACGCAAGCCGCAAUUGGCAAGCGGAAGAAGCCAGUCCGAAACAAGCGCAACAAGAAGUCAAAGAGCAGGGAUGAAACCGGGGGAAAGGAUAAUCGCCAGCAAGAGGUUUCCGCGCAGGUCGUGUCUGGCGUCACUGGCCAGCUCCUGCACCCUCGCGUUGAGCCCUCGUCCAGCCGCCCCGCGAAGGACCAGGGCCAACGAGCCGGCGAUAUCACGGUGCUUGCAGAGACAUUCCAGUCGCUUGAUGUCAACUACCCGUCCGCUGCAUCUGCAGAGGGCCCGUCAAGCGACUUAGGCUCAGAGACUCCGCGACCAACUCUCCGCCAGCUGCUGGCGGCUCUUCCGGGCUCCGCUGGAGUACAGCUAUCGUCGACUGCUUCCGUAUCGGCAAGCCACCCAUAUCGAGAUGAAUCUUCAUCGGCGGCUACCCCAACCAUGACGCCCAGUUCAUCGCCCAGAACUGAGGUAACAGUGGGGCGUCAGAUCCGACGAGGGGCGCCUACCGCGACUGCACCAGCUGCCAGGACGCCCGGCUCUCCAUCACCAGUCGUGGUACGAACAGGACGUGCGCGCAGAGGUGCCUCACUGACUCAUGCUCACCCGACCAUGAUGCGCAGUCACAACACUGCAGCACCAGUUGGGCAUCAUCGGGGAAGUGAAUUUGUCUCUGGGGCUCACCCUGCCAUGACCCCCGGUGACAUGACCGCGGCAUCAGCGGGGCAUACCCAUGGGGGCUCUGCUCCAUCCCCCACCGUGGCAUUUAGGCAUGGCGCCCAUCAACUAAGUCCUUCUCAAAGGCACCAGGCGUCCACACCCGCCGCAGUGCUCUGGGGUACACCAGGGGAUCCCGCAACAAGUCCUUACUAUUUCAGGGGUAUUCCCUCCCAGGCACUCGGCGGAGGUGCAUACCCAACGUGUCCGACUUUGAUGACUCCGGGCCCUACCGGCGUGUGCGAGGACAACGUGGCAUACAUGAGGUUGGAGCCAGAAUCCGGCAAGUUCUUCUGGGACUUGACAUACCACUUGUUCGAGUGCGCACUGGAGGGGUGUGAGAAGCGGUGCUGCCUGGGGGAUUGCCAAUCUGUCAUCUGCCCGUAUUGUGGACCUUUCUCGCAUUUCAUAUGGUGCAGCAAGGAACACAUGCGGGAGGAUGUCAGCACCCACUGGCUGUAUUGUGGACAGUCACCACUGAAGGAACCCAGCGUGGAGACUUCGGUGACCCCGGACAUUCGAGUCGGACCUCCCGCAAUUCCAUGCAAGAACGGCUGGGAUAGCCCCGAGCGACACCGACAAGCAAUGUGGUUCAGCACGGCGCGCCAGGAAGGCGACUACUUCAUCUUCGCCGAUUGGGACGACAGCAUUGCCGCCGGGUUCACGCCGGGUGCUUGGGAGGUGCGUUGCUCGCCUCGUGUGCUUCGGACCGUGCGUUUUGCCGAUCCGGAAGAGAAGGACCAUUUCCGACGGAUCCUUGCUGUGUGUUUGUUGAAGUCUGUUGAGGUCCAGCCACUGGUUGAGUAUAUGUACCGUCUGCUACGGGACAAAUUGCGCUUGACGAACCUGUGGACGCCUCAACUGGACGCGCAAGUUCGGCACCAGCUCUCCUUGGAGCUGAGUGUCAUCAUCGAACCGAACAUCGCGGGUCAGCGGCAUGCAUGUAAGACCGAAUGGAACGGUCAAGACCCCCGCCAUUGCCGAGACCCAACCUGCGUCUCCGAGCGACGACGCCUCCUGGGGGGUCUGGGAUGGGCGCCAGCGUUCGAUCGCUUGGUCUACAUCGAAGAAUGCAACCAUUGGAUUCUUCGAGCGAAUCGAACUACCCAUCCUACCGUCAGCAGCGUGUACGCCCGGACGCGUGGAGAGGGAUUCGAGGACGUCCUCGAAGAAGAAAGACGGCUCUUCCGGCGUGGCGAGGGCUGGGAUGGGGCGGGGACAGGUCCCAUGGAGAUCGAAUGUUUAGAAGAGUGCCAAGCUGUGCCUUAG